GUUUGGCGCUAAAGUGUGGCACUAGUUGUAGGGAGUGUCAGCUGCACUGGAAAAUAACGACGAUCUGCAGAAUAUUUUAGCUUUUUAGAUCUUUAAAACCGCAUGUUUCCUUUCAAAACUGCUGUGAAGUUAUUCUAACGCUGUCAAAAUGUCUUCCAAAUCGGACCCGUCCAUCGAAAAUGCGACUGACGACUCGGAGAGACUGUUUGUUGAUGAGGAAGACACGAAGCACGAGCCUAUCCUGAGUGAGCUGCAAGCGCACUUCGACCUGGGGGAGACCCUUGGCCAGGGUGGAUUCGCCAAAGUCAAAUUAGCCCGACACCGCCUCACCAACCUCAGUGUGGCUAUCAAGUGCAUGGACAAAAUUGUCAUUGGGCCGGAAUUAAAGCGAAUUUACAAAGAAAUCGAGGCCCUCAAGUCAUUUGACCAUCCCAAUGUCUGUCGGCUACUCCAAGUGAUUGAAACCAACACAAGAAUUUAUCUAGUGCUGGAAUAUUGCGCUGGAUCAGAGCUGUUUGAUUAUAUUGUUAAGUCUCAGGACCUGACGGAAUGCCAAGCAAGGAAAUUUUUCCGGGACAUGCUCAGUGGAGUAGCUUACAUCCACCAAAAAGGAUAUGCCCACAGAGACAUCAAGCCGGAAAACAUGCUUUUGGACGAGAACAACAGAGUGAAAUUGAUUGAUUUUGGCUUGUGCGCCAACCCUGCUGGUGGCCUGGAUGAGCAGUUGGCCACUUGCUGUGGCUCGUACGCUUACGCUGCACCUGAACUGCUUCGUGGAGUGCAGUAUUACGGCCCAAAAGCAGACAUCUGGAGCAUGGGAGUAGUUCUGUUUACACUGCUGUGUGGAGAGCUUCCAUUCGAAGAUAAGAAUAUUCAAAAUCUGCACAACAAGAUUCAGAAAGGAAGAUUCUUUGUGUCUAAAUCGCUGACGGCCGAUGCGUCCAACAUUUUGCACCGAAUGCUAGACGUGAAUGUGAACCGACGAAUCACAAUCGAUGAACUCUGCUCGCACCCCUGGGUGGUCGCUGGCGGCCUGAAGCCUGUGAUGUGGAAAAUGCCUUGCUUUCUGGACAAUCUGGACAGUGAGAUAGUCACCAUGAUGUCCAAAGCUUUCAAUAUGGAAGAGAGCAAGAUGGCCCUGGAGUUGAAGAAGUGGAAGUAUGAUGAAAAGACCAGCACAUACGUGUUGCUACGUAUGCGGAAGGACAAGGGCAAGCUUCUCCCCAGGCUGAGGUGUCCCAUGAUCAAACCCAAGGCGCCAUUACGUCCUGAGGACCAGGAGUUGAAAAAGAGGAGCGAAGAAUCGGCAACUCCAACUAGAAUCACACGAGCAGGAAGCCUGCGAAAUCGUUCUCCAAGGCCUGGUGGCGUGAAGAGACAGGCUGCUCCUGAGGUUCCCGAGAGGAUCUCCAAACGGCUCAAGAUGGCAAAUGAAGUGCAAACCCCAGCUCGUCGUAAUCCUCCUCCAGUGCCCAGAACUCCGCAGGCGCCUAACUCAGUCAGGUCUCCAUUGACAACCCCAAAAAACAACCAGGCAACCCCCAAGACACAGAGGAACGAGUGUCCCACUCCGAAUUCCAUGAAAACGCCUGUUCAGCAAAGAAUCGAGGCGAAAGAAACUCCGUCCACGAGGAAGCGAGUCAUGAACGCGAUCAACAGCAUUUUCAGAACGCCCGGCCCGAAGAAUCAGAAGGACACGCCCAAAGUGCUCGACGAAAAGGCUAUGAAUAAUGUUUCCACCACCGCCUGUGACGACCCAGACCGCGUUCUGAGGGAGCUCCGCUUUGCUCUGAGGAAGCAGAACAUUUUGUGUCAGCAGAAAGGGUACACCUUGGAGGGUAGGAUUCGCAACACGGAUGGAAAAGUGCGUCUGUCGUUCGAGCUGGAGAUCUGCUUUGUCGGCCCGACCAAGCAGGUUGGAAUCCGCAGGAAAAGGCUCAAGGGUGACGUCUGGUGCUACAAGCAGGUCCUGGAACAGGUGCUCGCGUUAACUUCGCUCAACCAGAAAGCCAAGUAAGCAGGGAGACAGCGGAAAUUGUUCUGCGUGUGCCUCGACCGUGCCAAAUUCGAAUCAUGUACAUAUAUUAUUUUUCUUUUGUAUGAGACAAUACAAAAUUCUUCAGUAUGUGCUUUUACGUUAGUGGGUGAGUUGGACUACUUGUACUUUUGUUUGAAAAGCAGAACGAGGUUUUUGCUUUACCGUGUCAAAAUCAGCUGGUGUUAGAAUUUUCCCUUAUUGCUCAAGAAACCUUUUUGCACACUGAUAAAAUCAGUCAAUAUAAAUAUACUGAACCUAACUGAGCUAAAUUAUGGGGAAAAAAAUUAAUUUUUCAUAUUCUCAUCCAUAAAUCAAUCUGAAAUACCAAAAAAAUCUACAAUGAGGUACCUUGUGAUUAAAUAUUUCAUUUGUUUCAGAAGUUGAACCAAAUUUUUGCUGGUGAAAUCCAGUUUAAAAAUUUUAUUGACAUAAAAAGAAUAAAUAGUGUCAACCCAGCUGAUAAGAAGAUAUUACAAACAACGCAUUUAUUGAUAUUAUAUACCGAUCUAUUUCCACUAAUCUCAUUUUCAACCUUAGUGUACUAACCAUAGCCAUAUUGGGCAAAUAUAAACCUUAUUUUUUGUACUAUGGACUUAAAUAUACGAGCCAGAGUGUGAACGUCUGGCAAAAAAGGCAA